AUGAAGAUCUUUUCCGGCAUCUUCUUUGCCGGACUGGCGGGAUGGCUAAGCAUGGCAAACGGCACGAAGCUCUCCUUCAUUCAGCAGGCAGCGUUGGAGAAGCGUUUGACCGUUUGCUGCUUCUUGGGUGUCUACGUGGGUGCAUUUUCGGCGUUCUUCAACUUCUUCCAACUUACAGAAGUGGAUGAUGUCCUUCUUGAUCGCGAAGGCUCCUUCACUUUGGACUUUUCGCGGCCGCUGGAAUGGAUCAUGACUUGCCCUUUGAUGCAGCUCGCUCUGGUUCUGAUGGGUGGUUCGCGCAUCCCAGAGUACCGGCGCAUGGUAAUGCCCGGAUUGUCUGUGAUCGUUCUGGUCUGCGGAACGGCCUCGAUGCUUCUAUGGGAUGUUUGGGUCUACGUGGCGUACGGCGUUGGGUUGUGCUUCGCCUGUGUGAUGUUUUGGCUGAACCGUCAGCAGAUUGUUGAGCACAGUGAUGGUCAAGAGUGUUUGCUGUACGGAGACUCCGAGUUCCGCAAAGCAUCGAUUCUGCUGAUCGUGACCUGGGUGCCCUUUCCGACCUUCUACGCGCUCUCACCCGAGGGCUUCGGAAUCAUCACUGAUAUUCUCUUCGUCCAGGUCGGCUGGGCGUUUCUGAACAUCGUGUCUAAGUUCACCUUCAUCUUUUACAUUCAAAGGAUCAAGGACAACUAUUGCAAUCGCCUGAAAGUGAAGCGCGAGUUCACCGGAGUGCAGACUGCUGGACCAAAAGGAGGUGGUUUAGUCGGUCCUGAUGGAACCAUCACCCCACCACUGUCCGGCAUGGACUUGGUGAAGUCCAAACAACAAGAGAAGGCAACAAGCGAGAUGGGCGCCCUGGUGGUUGAAACAAUGAACUUCCUGGGCAUGGCGCAAAACUCUGACCGCUUCUUGAGGUUGCUGCAGAAGUCCAACAUUACUUCCUUGACAGCUUUGGAAGGCCUCACCCAGCACGAAUGCAACAAGCUGACGCUGCCCUGGGAUCUGGUUGCUGCGGUGCAAAAACGCUUGCGAGUGUGGCGCUUGGAGAUGCAGGAUGAAGCUGAACUUGCCUUGGAACAAGGUGAACUUCACUACCAGAUGGAGGAACCGCUGAACAAGGCUGCUUUGGCGGACAAGCUGCAAGCCAUGGCUCCAGGUGUUGCAGGAGGGCCCUCGCCAGCACACCAGCAGUCACCUGUUGCAUACCAAGCGAUGAACGCUCCAAUGCUGCCCGGUAUGAUCGAUGAGCCACGCAUUGCCCGCCUUGAGGACACUUUGAUGGCGAUGCAACAGCAGACUGAGACCAUCCAGCAGCAAAACGAGUACUUCCAGACUGAGGUCUUGCGCAGGCUUUCCGAACAGCAACAGCACCUGAUGCAGCCCAUGCCCUCCGUGACCACCACUCCCAAUGGGACAGCACCAGUGCAGCAGCAGCUGCCGACCCAACUGCUGCAGCAGCUGCAGCAGCAACUGCAGCAGUAUGAGAACUUCCAGACAGAGGUCAUGCGCAGGCUCUCUGAAGUGGGCGCUGACAGCCCGAAAGCCGCACCAUCAAGCUUGAGGAACACCAUUGAGAUGACGGUGGCGGCCACACUGAAGAACAAGGAGAUGGAGAGCCUCUUCGAGCACCGCAUUGAAGAACUGAUUUGUGCGGCACAAGUCCGCAUCGAACAGGCUGCAGACAAGGUCAGCGACAGCCUCCGCGCACAAGUUCGUGAAGUUCAGGGCGCUUAUGAUCGCGCUCGCGAGACCGAAGGCACCUUCAUCGAGAAGGCGGAUGAAAAGAUGAAAGCUUUCAUGGUGAAGACAGAGGAGAAACUGCAAGCCCACAUCGAGAAGUCUGAUGAGAACAUGCAAGCCUACAUCGGCAAGACUGACGAGAAGAUGCAGACCUUUAUGGCCAAGACAGAUGAGAAGAUGCAGAUGGCAGUUGAGGACGUCAACAAAUCUACCGAAUACACCAGGUGAGCGUGCUGCUCUUCUGCAAGCUUGUUUAGCCUCUUCUGCAGCUAACAGACCGGUGAUGCUCUUGAUUGACAAUCAGGCUUUGGUGCGGCGGCUUCAGCGAGGCAUUAGCACUGGCCGUUGGGAGGGUGACUUGCCGCUUUUCUGGCAGCGGAUCAGCGGCUUAUUGAUUCAGGGCACUGUUUGCACUUGGAUCCCUUCUCACAACAAGGUGCCUGACUGGACACCACCAGAUGGUUGGAUUGAUGUUCAUCUCUGCCGCGUUCUCAAUGCGACAGCCGAUGCUCAGGCAGGUGAGGUGUUGCGUGACUCACGC